AACUGGCAACCCGGUGUGAAAUAAUUGAGCAAAAAUCAACAAUUAAUAGAAAGUAAAUCAUUGUUUGUGCCUUUUUUUUCUGAAGUGUGUUUAAUUAAGCCGAACAUGACUGAUUUGAAAGAAUGCACUAUUUGCUGCAAACCGCUGAGAACCCGGUCCAGCCGCAACUAUCACGAGCACUGUGCCAAUCCGGAACGUAAACCAUUCAAGUGCGAUCGCUGUGAGCGUACAUUCAGUUCCAAAUAUCACAAAACAUUCCACGAAGAGGUACACAUGGCACGUAGACUAUCCUGUAGCUACUGUGACAAAUCAUAUCAACACCAACGUGAUCUUGACCUUCAUCAGCGUGAACAUGAACAUUCGCCUGGGUUCGGAUGCAACAGAUGUUCGGAAAAAUUCGACACAACCGAAGCCCUAGCGAAGCACAAAAAAUGCCACGAACCAAAGGAACGUUUCAAAUGCAGUCAAUGCGAGUUAACUUUCAGUUUGAAAGGAAAUUUAACCAAACAUGUUAGAAUUUUACACUCCAAGUCGGAAAAAUUUAAAUGUGAUCAAUGUCCAAAAGAGUUUUCACGAAAAAAUGCACUGCAAUUUCAUUUGUUAAGUCAUAUGUCCCGUAACUUCCAAUGCCGAUUAUGUGAAAAAGGGUUUUUUGACAUGAGAAACCUAGAGCGCCAUAUGAAAACUCAUAUAACUGCUAAAGAAUUCAGCUGCAGUACAUGCGGGAUAACUAGUUCACGCAAAGAUAACAUAAUGCGACAUGUGAGGAGCUUUCAUCCCGGAAUCGAUCACCAGAAUGCUGUUCUUAAAAAUGAAAUAAGAGAUCAACUAGGUAGAAUCAAACAGGAUGCUGAAAAGAGUAACAAAAAUAAGCAAUCAAAGGAAUGCUCUGAUUCCGCUAGUGCAUUUUCCAAUCGGAUAAGCGUUAUACGUACAGUAGGUACACCCAAACCUGUGGAAAAAAUCAAAAAAAUUGAUGCCCCUCAGCAAUUAAGACUAAAUUCAAAACCGUCAACAAAACCCGUAGUUGAUCCCCUAGAAAUUUAUCGAAAAAUUCUACGACCUAGCAACGAUGACGAUGAUGAAGAAGAUAACGAAAAUCAUAAAACUACUACAGUCAGUCGAAACCAAUCUGAAUCCUCCCAGUCACAUCCAACAGAUGAUCAUAAUGAUCAACACCCUUCUUACGCUACAUCAACGAUGAGCUCAACAGUGGAUAGCAGAAAUACCGACAGACUACACCCCGUAGUUAGUAAUAUUUCUUCUAUAAAUAAUUUUUCUGAAGUUCAUUGGCGAAAGCAAAAAUCUCAAUUUUUUACCAAUUCUACUAGAUGA